AUGGGCUCGUGCCUGCCUGCUGCCCCGGCCCCGCGGCCGGCGGCUCCCUCCCUUGUCCCCACGCUCCCUGGCUGGACCCCAAAGCAGCAGGGCGCCAAGGCGGGAUGCGUGUGGGUGCCGAGGUGGGAUUCACGCGGGGUGCUCGAGCAGGAGGGCACCGAAGCGGGAUGUGCACGGGUGCCAGAGCAGGAGGGUGCCGAGGCGGCAUGCAUGCAUGUGCUGCAGCAGGAGGGCGUCGAGGCAGGAUGCAUGUGGGUGCUGAGGUGGGAUGCACGCAGGUGCCAGAGCAGCAGGGCAUGGAGGCGGAUGCACGUGGGUGCUGGAGCAAGAGGAUGCCAAGGUGGGAUGCACAUAGGUGCUGGAGUGGGAGGGUGCCGAGGUGGGAUGCAUGCGGGUGCCAGAGUGGGAAGACACCGAGGUGGGAUGCUCACAGGUGCUGAGGUGAGAUGCACGAGGGUACCGGAGGAGGAGGGCGCCGAGGCGGGAUGCACACGCGUGCCAAGGCAGGAUGCGUGCAGGUGCUGGAGUGGCAGGGCACCAAGGUGGGAUGCAGCAGGGUGCCAGAGCAGGAGGGUGCCGAGGUGGGAUACACGCAGGGUGCUGGAGCAGGAGGGCACUGAAGCGGGGUGCUGGAGCAGGAAGGUGCCGAGGCAGGAUGCACGCGGGUGCUGGAGCAGGAGGGCACCAAGGCAGGAUGCAUGCGGGGCACCGGAGCAGGAGGGCACUGCAGCAGGGUGCUGGAGCAGGCGGGUGCCAAGGUGGGGUGCACAUGGGUGCUGGAGCAGAAGGGCACUGCAGCAGGGUGCUGGAGCAGGAGGGUGCCGAGGCAGGAUGCACGCGGGUGCUGGAGCAGGAGGGCACCAAGGCAGGAUGCAUGCGGGGCACCGGAGCAGGAGGGCACUGCAGCAGGGUGCUGGAGCAGGCGGGUGCCGAGGUGGGGUGCCGGAGCAGGAGGGCACUGCAGCAGGGUGCUGGAGCAGGAGGGUGCCGAGGUGGGGUGCCGGAGCAGGAGGGCACUGCAGCAGGGUGCUGGAGCAGGAGGGUGCCGAGGCGGGGUGCACGGGGGUGCUGGAGCAGGAGGGCACUGAAGUGGGGUGCUGGAGCAGGAGGGUGCCGAGGCGGGGUGCACACGGGUGCUGGAGCAGGAGGGCACUGAAGUGGGGUGCUGGAGCAGGAGGGUGCUGAGGCGGGGAGCACACGGGUGCUGGAGCAGGAGGGUGCCGAGGCGGGGUGCACGGGGGGUCCCACGCGGAGAGCCCCCCCGGCGCACGCUGCCACCGCGGCCCCCACCCCCACGGGCAGCUCUGCCCCAGGAAGGGCCUGCGGCGGCGGGGAAGGGGCCGGGCCCGCCGGGUCCCCGCGCUCGCCUCGAGCGGCGGGGCGCGCUGCCGGGGGGCCGCGGCGUGGGACCCCCGCUCGCCCGCUCGCCGCCCGGCCUGCCCGGCCUCCCUUCCCCCAGGGCUUGAUUUAUGGAGCUGACAGCGCGGCGCAGCUGCGAGAGCCGGUCCCGGCAGGGACGGGGUGGGUGGGAGAGGCUUGUUCUCAGCGUGUCUAAUGUGUCCCAGACCCCAAUAAACAGCCGUGAGAUUCUCCAAACAUCCCCGGACACCGAAUCCCUGCCCCGGGCUUCCUCGGGGGGCGGCGGCGGGCAGGGGGGCCGCGGCGCUGCAAACCGCCCGCGCCGCACAUGAA